AUGUGCCUGAGAGUUGCUUCAAAGAGUUCCGUCACCAACCACCUGACCUCAGAUAAGCUGAAGGAUCAGGAGGAACAGGCUUUCUUUGCUGUGUUUGAUGGUCAUGGCGGUGUAGAUGCUGCCAUUUACGCCGCCAACCACCUCCACGUGAACCUAGCUCAUCAGGAAUCCUUCAGCCAGGACCCCGGCGAGGCGCUCUGCAGAGCCUUCAAAGUCACAGACGAGCGCUUUGUGAAAAAGGCCUCACGAGAGAAUCUGCGCUGUGGUACCACAGGCGUGGUGACGUUCCUGCGGGGCCGGACGUUGUACGUGGCCUGGCUGGGAGACUCUCAGGUCAUCCUGGUCCGGAGAGGGCAGGUGGUGGAGCUGAUGAAGCCACAUAAACCAGACAGAGAGGAUGAGAAGCAGAGGAUCGAGGCUCUGGGAGGAUGCGUGAUCUGGUUUGGCACAUGGAGGGUCAAUGGCAGCCUUUCAGUAUCCAGAGCAAUCGGCGACUCGGAGCACAAGCCCUACAUCUGUGGGGACGCGGAUCACAGCAUCAUCCCAAUGGACGGCUCAGAAGACUACCUGAUCCUGGCCUGUGACGGUUUCUGGGACACUGUGGGUCCGGACGAGGCGGUGCGUGUGGUCAGCGACCACCUCCAGGAGAACGCCGGGGACACCACCAUGGUGGCCCACAAGCUGGUGGCCUCGGCCCGCGACGCAGGGUCCAGCGACAACAUCACCGUCAUCGUGGUCUUCCUGCGGGACCCGCGCUGCCCCCCCCCCACCUGCCCCGAGGAGGAGGAGGAGGGCGCGGCGGAGGAGCCCGUGGAGCAGGAGGAGGCCGCCGAGGUGGAGGAAGAGGAGCAGGAGGAGGAGGAGGAGGACGAGGCCAUGAGGGUGGAGCGGGAUGGGGGGGACAGCACUGCGGACAUCGGGGGGAAGGGCCGCGGAGGCUGGCCCCUGCAGCAGUGCUCGGCCCCGGCCGACCUGGGCUACGAAGACCGGACGGACUCGUUUACGGACAGAACCAGCCUCGGCCUGCUGGGGCCCUCGCUGGAGGGCCGCAUCUCCCUGGCCCGGGGCCCCAGGAAGCCCCGCUUCGGCUUCGGCCCCGACCUCCUCGCCGCCCCCCACACCUACCCGGAGCAGCGCCCGCUGAGGCGCCGGCCCCGCCCCCCCCCUCAGGAGCCCGGCGCCUCCGGCCUCACGGACCCGCUCUGGCCCCAGACGGCGGCGCUGCUGGGCCCGGCCGCCCGCCGCGGCCCCCGGCCCGCCCCCGCCGGCCGCCGGUGGGCCCGGAGGUGGCCCGGCCGGUCCAGGGAGCCGCAGGCCUACGUCCAGUCCGGCCACAUGCAGAGCUACUGCUCCGACUGGAGGCCCGGGGUGGCCGUGCCUCACCUCCCCCGCGACGCCUCCAUCUGA